CGAAGCAUAGAAACCAUCGAAAAAAAGGACAUGAAUUUGUAUAUGUGUGAAAAACUGCAUCGUUAUUUUCAGUGUGUACCUGUGUGUGAAUUAGCACAAAGCCAAAGCUCUCGCUGACGAUUUGCCCUAUGCUUCAGCUGUUCUAAUACCAUUUGCUCCUUCUCUCUCUCCCUCCCUCUAUCUAAAGCGCAGGAGAGCUCACAUCCGAUACUCGAAUCUCUUAAUCGGAUCUCUCCGAUUGCUGCUGCAUUCGAUCUAGAAACAUGGCUAGCAUGGCACAAUCUCCAGCGUUGUUAGCUGGGAACUUGGCCUCGAAACCUACUGCUUCAGAUCUUCUUGGGAGUUUGUGUAAUGGCAUUUGUGAUGUACCCCUCAAGGCCCUUGGAAGAUCCCGUCUUGGAGCGAAAAGAAGAGACUUUUCCAUAGUGGCAAAGGUUAAGAAAGGGAAGAAGCACGAAUAUCCAUGGCCAGAAGAUCCCGAUCUCAAUGUGAAGGGUGGAGUGCUUAGCCACCUCUCACCUUUCAAGCCUUUGAAAGAGAAACCAAAACCAGUGACUUUGGAUUUUGAGAAACCUCUCAUGGAUUUGCAAAAGAAAAUAGUUGAUGUGCAAAAGAUGGCAAAUGAAACUGGUCUGGAUUUCAGUGAUCAGAUUAUCUCACUGGAGAACAAAUACCAUCAGGCUCUGAAAGACCUAUACACUCAUUUGACUCCUAUACAACGUGUGAACAUUGCAAGGCAUCCGAACAGACCAACAUUCCUUGAUCAUAUCUUCAACAUCACAGAGACGUUUGUGGAGCUCCAUGGUGAUCGAGCUGGAUAUGAUGAUCCUGCCAUCGUCACCGGACUUGGUACAAUUAACGGCAGAAGCUACAUGUUCAUGGGUCAUCAGAAGGGCAGGAACACGAAAGAGAAUAUCCAGAGGAACUUUGGGAUGCCCACUCCUCAUGGCUAUAGAAAGGCACUGCGGAUGAUGUACUAUGCAGAUCAUCAUGGAUUUCCUAUUGUCACUUUCAUUGACACUCCCGGGGCUUAUGCUGAUCUCAAGUCUGAGGAAUUGGGCCAAGGAGAAGCCAUUGCAUUUAAUUUGAGGACCAUGUUUGGUUUGAAAGUACCAAUUGUGUCAAUUGUCAUCGGUGAAGGAGGCUCGGGUGGAGCUCUGGCCAUUGGUUGUGCUAACAAGCUUUUAAUGCUUGAAAAUGCAGUUUUCUAUGUCGCCAGUCCUGAAGCAUGUGCUGCCAUCUUAUGGAAGACAGCAAAAGCUUCUCCAAAGGCUGCUGAGAAGCUAAAAAUUACAGCUACAGAGCUCAUUAAGCUACAAAUUUGUGAUGGUGCCAUCCCUGAACCUCUCGGCGGUGGACAUACGGAUCCGCAUUGGACUUCUCAACAAAUUAAAACUGCAAUUAUUGAAUCAAUGGAUGAACUCGUGAAAAUGGAUACCGAAACUUUAUUAAAGCAUCGGGCUCAGAAGUUCCGUAAAAUGGGUACACUUGAGGUUGGUGGAUUCCAAGAAGGAAUCCCGGUUGAUCCAAUUAGAAAAGUCAACAUGAAAAAGAAGGAAGAUCCUAUAGUCCCAAUCAGCAUGACUUCUGAAUCGGAGUUGAGGGACGAGGUUGAAAAGCUGAAACAUCAGGUAUUGGAAGCUAGUAAGUCAUCCGGAACAGCAGCACGCCCACAGAGGGGUUUGAAAGAGAUGAUGGAAAAGUUGGAGAUAGAGAUCGACUAUGAAUACGAUGAAGCUGUAAAAGCUCUGGGUAUGGAGGACAAGUUUUUGACCCUGAGAGAAGAAGCUGCAAAGGGGAGAAAUCUACCUGCUUUGGAUGAAAAGAUUGAACAGCUAAAGGGUGAACUUGCCAAAAAUCUCCCUUUUGCUCCCAAUUACAACAGCCUGAUAUCGAAGAUUGAAAUGCUGAAAGAGUUAUCCAAGUCGGGCACCAACAAAGAUGAACUGAAAAUCGAAAUUAAUAAGAGAUUUGGUGAGUUCAUGAAUCGGCCUGAUGUGAAACUCAAGGUUGAGACGCUCAAGGCUGAAAUUGCAAAUUUAGGAUUAGGAGCGUCAGAUCUCGAUUCCAAUCUGGAGAUAAAGGAGAAGGUCAUGCAAUUGAAUGGAGAGUUGGAGUCAGAAUUUAAGACUGUUCUUAAAUCCCUGGGGCUGCAGGUGGUUCCUAGAAACCAAGACGCCGCCUUGGAAAAGAUAAAUGCCUUCAAUGAAGAAGUCCACAUGAUUAUCGAUGAUGUUGUCAAUUCAUCAGAUUUGAAAGAAAGGAUCGAGCUGCUGAAGGCAGAGAUGGAGAUACUUGGGAACUCACCAGACGAAGACUCCAAAGCUAAGAUUCUAUCUUUGGUUGCAGAAAUGAAGCAAACUAUCGAGGACGCCAUAACUUUUCCAGAAUUGAAAGAAAAGCACGAAAGACUCACAGCUGAGAUAUUAGAAUCUUCAAAUGGGAGUCUUAAUCAAGAGGAGGAAGAAGAUUCUCAAAUAAAAGUAAACCAGGACACCAAUCACCGUACCUUCGUCUGAUGCAUCGAUGAAGCUGCAUCAAGAAUCAGGAAGCCACUUUCUUCGAGCACUCAAUGCCGUUGGCGAAGGUCAUAUGUAUCGGUUUUUCCGCUCUGCCAUUGUACUUUCUUGGAUUCGUCGUUUUUAUCACCCCCGGAUUAUGGUCAUUUUUAGUUCAAUCUUAUUGCUUGUUCCCCAUUUUUAAGGAAUAGAUUAUCUUUACUUUGAGUUGCUGGGGAAAUCAAGCAUAUUUAAUGAGGUCUGUAAUAGACUAAUUAUGUUGUCUUCGAAACCUUAAUAAAUUUUAUUAGGUCCACAGUUAAUUCGCUAUAGAUUACAUUUUAAAA